CAAGUUUCGUUGGAUUCAAUUUUUGGAUGGAUUUUCACGAGUCUUAAAACGAACGAUACGGCUCUGAUUUGACGUAUCGCGUCGGCGUCGAUGUCGGCGUCGAUGUCGACGCCGUCGUCGGCGUCGGCGUCGUCGGAUAUGCGUCGGCGCAUCUAAAACUAUUGUUUGUUGUUGGUAGACGCGCGAGUAAACGCAGGCCACGAGUAAACGUCGAAUUCAAAUUUUUAUAUGAGAUUCGAAGAAUUUGCUCUUUGUUAUUUCCAACUUAUGUAACUAAGCUAGAAUUAUUUCCUAUAUGUAAUGUAUCGGAUGAAAGACGCGUUGAUUCUACUCUCCUUUUACCUUUAGCACGCUAAUGAACGAUAAAUGAUCGCGAUCAAAAUUUAUAAUAGCACAUAUACAUUUGGGUAAUCACUUUUGGCAAUAACCGUUUAUCGCAACUACGAACGAAAGUUUAUUACGGGCGCGUAAUUAAAAGUUUUCGAUAAAUAUUCGAGCAAAUAAUAUUAAUAUAAGGAUAAUGUUCGAAAACAUCUGUUACGAGUGAUCACAAUAAUUAAUAAUACCUAUUAAAAGUAUUCUUUCUAACGGACGCGCUACGCUGGCGUUACAUGUAGAAAUGAAGAUAUGAGUAGGGGAAAUUCAAUUUGCAUACAUUUGUCGUUCGAAGUACGAAACUAUAUUAUUUAUGCGAAAUGCUUAUAUCGAACUACGUUAUAGAACGGGACGGUCGCUGAAAGAUUCUAUUGGAUUUUAUGACAUAAUUCGAUCUUAUUUAAAAAUAUUCUCGAUAUGCAUAUUAUCUUGCCAUUUGAUAAAAUCACUUAAAAUCGCACUUUCGAUCGUACUGGAGCAAGUAAAAUUUUCUUUUUGUAGACAUUAAUAUUACUGCGUCGUAAGUUUUGUUUACAUUACAUUAUUUCUCGACGUUAGUAGAAAGGAAAUAAGACAAAUCCGUGUUGAUAAGCAAGUUUAAAUAAAACGAAUCGGUGAUGAAAGUCAUUUUCAACGAUAACGUUGCCGGUAACAACGUUGAUCGUUAAAAACUCAAUGGUGGGGAGAAGCUCGAUGUGUAUAACUAUUUAAUCUAUAUCUAUUCUUAUUACGUCAUAUUGAUAAUGUUAGGAUAAUGCUAAAUUGUUUGCCGGAGAAUUCAGCAGUCUGUCAAAGAAAACGAUCUCGCACGGAGCACGCUCGAAGGUUUACCAACUGCGUUCGCGCGAAUUUUCAAAUCGUAUUUCAAAUCGAUUAUAGACAUAGAAGCUUAAGUUAUCGUCGAAAGGAAAAAGAAAGACAGGUGAUAUUCUCAACGACGAGAGUCUUAUCGAGAUAUGAAGUCGUUAAGGCACCUUUCUCGUGGCAUCAAGAAAUUCGAGCGGACGCUGUUAAACGAUGAAGCAAGUAAAAUACAAUAUUUAGGAGCGAGGAGUACCUUUGCGCGAUCGAAAGAGAAAUUUAUUCGAGGUCAAAACCAAGAGAUAAUCAUUCCUUCGCCUUUCGGUGCAGUUACUUAUCCGGAUUCUAAGAUAUCGGAAUACAUUUGGCGCAACGUUAACAAAUUUUCCAAGCUAAUUGCCCUGGAAUGCGGUAUAACAGGUAGGAAAUAUACGUACGGGCAAACGAGGGACGCUGCGAACUACAUUGCAAGGAGUUUGAGGAACUUAAAGUUCAUGGAAGGUGAUAUAAUUGCCUUGAUCGCUCCCAAUUUUCCGGAAUGGGUUCUAGCUUUUUGCGGGAUUUUGGAGGCGGGCCUCAUCGUUACAACUAUCAAUCCGCAUUACACGGUUGAGGAAAUGACGAUGCAAUUGACGUUGUCUGGUGCGAAAGGCAUCGUCACUGCGAAAGGGAUAUUACCGAUCGUAAAGAAAGCAGCAACGAACCACAGAUUGGGAUCGUCCCUUAUCGUUAUAGACGACGGAACGCCGGGUCCAAUGGCGGACGGGGUGAUACCUUUCAAGGACUUGAUAACUCGCGGCAAGAACUUACCGGGAUUGAAAGCCCUAAGCAGUUCCGCGGACGACGUAGCGGUUUUACCUUUUUCAAGUGGGACGACGGGUCUGCCGAAAGGUGUGAUGCUAACGCACGCUAAUCUAGUCUCGAAUAUAGAAAUGGUAAAUGCCAUCGUUGAUAAGGAUACCUGGAUUCAAAUGGCGACGGAUGAAUAUCAAGACGUCAUACCAAUAUUUCUACCCUUAUUUCACAUUUUUGGCAUGAACGGAGUCAUGCUGCCUAGUCUCAUGGUCGGAGCGAAGAUCGUUACGCUUCCGAAAUUCCAGCCGGAAACGUUUUUCGACACUUUCAUCAAGCAAAAGCCAGCGAUUUUGUUUUGCGUGCCGCCGAUAAUAUUGUUUCUGGCAGUUUCGCCGUUAGCCAAAAGAGAACAUCUCUCGAACGUACGAAGUGCUUUCAGCGGAGCGGCGCCGCUUUCGAAGGAGGACGUCGAUAGGUUUUACGACAAGUUUCGAUUAGACAACAGUAGUUUUAAAUUUUGCCAAGGGUAUGGAUUAACGGAGUGCGCGCCCGUGGCCUUCGUAGAAAAGACGGGGCUAAAGUACGCGAGUAUCGGAAAGAAUAUUUGCGGUUGCGACGUGAGAUUGGUCGAUACCAUAACGAACGUAGACAUUUGCGAGCCCGGUAGGAACGGCGAAUUGUGGAUAAGAGGACCUCACGUCAUGAAAGGUUACUUCAAUAAUCCGGAAGCCACUAAGGAAAUGUUACUCGAGGAUGGUUGGUUGAAAACCGGCGAUAUAGCUUACUUCGACGACGAUUUAGAUUUUUAUAUUACCGAUAGGUUGAAGGAGUUGAUCAAGGUCAAAGGUUUUCAGGUUCCACCGGCCGAAUUGGAGUCAGUUUUGAGAACGCAUCCCGACGUAGAGGAAUGCGCGGUAGUCGGUAUUUCCGACGCAAGAUCCGGAGAAGUGCCGAGGGCUUUCGUCAUCUUGAAAAAGAACAGGAAGGUUAGCGAGGAGGAUAUCAAGAAUUUCGUUAAGGGAAAGGUUUCCGAGUACAAGCAACUCGAUGGUGGUGUUUCAUUCGUCCGAGAUAUACCCAAAAAUCCAACCGGCAAGAUCCUUCGAACGAAGAUAAAGGAAGCGUAUCUAAAAGGAAAUCUGUGAAAAUUCGUCGUUCAUCCAUGAUGGAUCGUCGUCGAUCGUUAUUUUACGUGCCUUUGUUUCCUCUUUUGAUACUUUUUUUCGUUUUUAAAAAUUAAACUAAACGUUAUGCAAUUCUA